AUGUGCCCCCUAACUCCCGUUGAGCUACUGUCCACGAUAAUCCUCGAGAAGCGCAAGCUACGGCCCCCGACGAAGCGGAAAAAGUGCCGCAAGUAGCCGGGAAUCGAACUGGGUUCCCCUUAUUUCCCCAACUCAGCCAUUUUCCGGAGGUUUCAGUUCGACGGAAAGUGUCGCUCAAUCCACUGCAGAGUUUCAAAAUCAAAAUUGAGGAAUACCAACUAGAGGAUAAGGCUACUUAAGGAUCAAAGAACACCAAGGAGAGGAGAUUU